AUGAUCUUGAGUGUUCUUCCCCCGGCCGCGCCGGUGGAUUCCUGGAGGGAUCUCGCGCGACUGGUAGACGAAUCCACGUCGCUGGAGCAGGGAAGGAAGAUCCACCGCCGGGUGAUUGAGAGUGGCUAUGGCGAUCACCUCUUCCUCUCCAAUCACCUCCUCCACAUGUAUGCCCGGCUCGAGAGCUCGCGCGACGCGGAGCUCCUGCUCGAUCGAAUGCCCCGGCGCAAUGCCCUGUCCUGGAAUGCGGUGAUCCGCGCAAACGCCCAGGCCGGGGAUUUCCCUCGAUCGCUGCUUUUUUUCCAGCGAAUGCUCCAGGAUGGGAGCCUGCCGGAUGCGGUGGUGUUUCUCAGCUUGAUCAAGGCGCCGCGAACGAUCCAGGAGGGCGAGAUCGUCCAGGAAUUCGCCGAGAAGAGUGGAUUCGAUCGGAGCUUCGUGGUGGGCACUGCGCUCAUCGGAAUGUAUGGCCGCUGUGGGCGAUUGGAUCGCGCCAAAGACGCAUUCGAUCGGAUCCAGGAGCGCGGGGUCGUGUCGUGGAACGCGCUCAUCACUGUCUACUCCCGUGGCGACGAGAAGGAGCAAUCGCUUCGCGUCUUUCGCGAGAUGCUGCUCCAGGGCAUUGCUCCAAACGCGGUGACGAUCAUCUGCAUCGCCAGCGCCGUCGCUGGAAUAGCUGCCAAGAUCACCACCUGCGGCAACUUGAUCCAUUCGUGUUCGAUCGAUUCGGGACUGAUAUCCGUGACCACCGUAGCAAAUUCUAUCAUCAACCUCUUUGGCCGUGGCGGGAAUAUCACUCGCGCUAAUGAUAUCUUCGAAAAAAUGGAUCGGCGAGACGUGUGCUCGUGGAACACCAUGAUCUCAGCAUUUGCCCAAAACGGGCAUUCUUCCGGGGCUCUUGAUCUAUAUGGAAGAAUGACCAUACGGCCAGACGGCGUGACCUUCGUCAAUGUGCUCGAGGCGUGCGAUUGCCCGGACGAUCUCGAGCGUGGCGAAUCCAUCCACAGGGACGUGCGCGCCCACGGCUACGAUUCGGAUCUCAUCGUCGCCACCGCGCUUGUGAGCAUGUACCGGCGCUGCGGCCGCCUGGAUCGCGCAGCCGAGGUCUUCGCCGCGAUCCAGCACCCGGGCGUGAUUACGCUCAACGCGAUCAUCGCCGCGCACGCCCAAUUCGGCCGCGCCGAUGGCUCGCUCCUCCACUUCCGCCAGAUGCUCCAGCUCGGAAUCCGCCCCAGCAAAUUCACUCUAGUCGCUGUUCUUGGCGCCUGCGCCACUAGCGGGGCGGCGGCGAGCGCGGGGCGCGAUCUCCACCGCUGGAUGGCGGAAUGUCCAGGCGAUUGCGACCCCCACGACAUUCUCGUCCGGAAUGCGCUGGUGAACAUGUAUGCGAAGUGCGGUGACCUGGACGCCGCGCGGGGAAUCUUUGACGCGGCGCCGCAGGGCAACGUCAGCACGUGGAAUGCCAUUAUGGCGGGGUACGCGCAGCACGGCUAUGCUAACAUGGCGGUACGGCUACUGUAUGAAAUGCAGCUGGCGGGAAUAUCUCCAGACCCAAUCAGCUUCACGGCCGCCCUGUCAGCGUCCAGUCACGCGCGCCAGGUGGAGGACGGCGCGCGAAUAUUCUACGCAAUCUCCCGCGACUAUGGCUUGAUUCCCAGCGUGGAGCACUAUGGCGCGGUCGUGGAUCUCCUAGGGCGCGCGGGAUGGCUGGAGGAGGCCGAGGGUUUCUUGCGGUCGAUGGCGAUCGCUGCCGACGCGGCGGCGUGGAUGGCGCUGCUGGGCGCAUGCCGGAUCCACAAGGACCAGGAUCGGGCAAUGCGAGCAGCGGAGGCGAUCGUAGCAAUCGACCCUAGCCAUGGCGCGAGCUACACGGUGCUCUCGAAUGUUUACUCUGCGGCGGGGCGAUGGGACGAGGCGGAGGAGAUACGGAGGAGAAUGAGCGAGAAUGGGGCGAGGAAGGAGCCGGGGCGGAGCUGGAUUGAGGUGAAGAACAGGGUUCACGAGUUUGCUGUCAAGGAUCGAUCGCAUCCUCGAACUGGGGAGAUCUACGAGCGGCUGGAUGAGCUGAGAGUGGUUCUCAAGAGCGAGGAGGAUUAUGUCCCGGAUGUGGGAUCGGUGCUCCACGAUGUGGAGGACGAGCACCGGGAGAAUUUGCUGUGGCAUCACAGUGAAAAAUUGGCGCUGGGGUUUGGAUUGAUCGGGACGAAGGAGGGGAGCAAGAUCACCAUCAUCAAGAACUUGCGGAUCUGCGAGGAUUGCCAUGUCGUGAUGAAGCUCACGUCCAAGAACACCAAGAGAGAAAUUGUGGUGAGGGAUUGCUACCGAUUCCAUCACUUCAAUGGUGGAGCUUGUUCGUGCUCUGAUUGCUGGUGAAUUAACUUGCUUGAAGAUGACGAAGAACCAAGACGAAAGCUUGUUUUUGUGAUUCACCAAUAUGCAGAGAAUUGCCCAGAUCCAUUCAUUCAUUCAUUAUGUCACUAUGUCAGAGGAUUUCACGUUGUUCGUAAUACCAGCAGCUAGGACGAAACUACUCUCCCAUUGGCAAGAGCAAGAUUAAGCAUCCAUGCUUGGAACAUCCAUGUAAUUAUGGAUUGGGAUAGAUUGUUGUUCCUGCGAACUUUGUCUAGGUGUAGUAUUAAUUUAUUUUG